UUGUCUCUAGCGUCCAGUCCGGCCCGGCAGUUGCGGGGAGACGGUCGCGCCACUAACUCGUCCCGUCCCGUCCGGCGAGUCUCCUGUCACUGGCACUUGCGGUGCCGCGCGAGCCUCGACGGUCUGGCCAGUCGCGUGCGGUGCUCGCAAGACUCGUGUAGGUCCCAGCCAGCAACCCGGCCGCCACCAUGCAGCGAUUCGGCAAGACCGCCCUCGUCUUCCUCACGUUCGUCAUCGGCCUGGCGGUGGCGGGAGGAAUCGGUUACCUGCUGGUGGUGUUGUACGGGGCGGACGACCAGCCGGCCGACAUCGAGUGGGCGUCCACCAAGGCCCCGACGCCGAGCCCGCCCGGCCCAGACGCAGACGGGUCGUGCUGGCACAGGGACUUCGGCUUCGGCUCGACCGUGUGCGUGUGCAACUCGACGUUCUGCAACGCGCUGCCCGCCGUCACGGCCGCGGCCAGCGGCAGCGCCCUCGUGUACACCAGCAGCAAGGCGGGGCUGCGCUUCCAACGCCAGGAGCUGCAGUUCAAGCAGGCCGGCAACGGCGGCGGCCAGAUUUUGACGGUGGACCGCAAGACCACCUUCCAGAAGAUCCAUGGCUUCGGCGGGGCCUUCACCGACGCCGCCGGCGAGAUGAUCCUGUCGUUGCCGGAGGCGGCGCAGGACCUGCUCCUCAGGUCGUACUUCUCCGCGGACGGGCUGGAGUACAACAUGGGGAGGUUGCCCAUCGGCGGCUCCGACUUCUCCAACCGGCAGUACUCCUACGACGACGACAACGGCGAGGACACCACGCUCGAACACUUCAGCCUGCAGAAGGAGGACCGCAUCUACAAGAUCCCAAUGGCGAAGAGGGCCAAGGAGCUGAUGCCCGAGACGUCCGGUGACCUGCACAUCUACAGCACGGUGUGGUCGCCGCCCGUCUGGAUGAAGACCAGCAACAAGUUCUCCGGCUUCGGCUUCCUCAAGAAGGAGCACUACCAGACGUACGCCGACUACUACGUCAAGUUCCUGGAGGCCUACGCCGCGGAGGGCGUCGACAUCCACGCGGUGUCCACGGGCAACGAGCCCCUCAACGGCGUCGUCCCGUUCAAGCACUUCAACUCGCUGGGCUGGACGCCCGAGACGAUGCACGUGUGGAUCCGCGACCACUUCGGGCCCACCAUCCGGGGCUCCAAGUUCAAGGACGUCAAGAUCGUGGCCCACGACGACCAGAGGAUCUUCCUGCCCUGGAUGAUGGAGCUGGUGCUCGCCGACAACAAGACUGCCGACUACAUCGACAUCAUCGCCUACCACUGGUACCUCAACUUCAUCACGCCCGGGGCGCUCCUGGACGCCGUGCACAAGGACUACCCCGACAAGCCGCUCAUCAACACCGAGGCCUGCAAUGGAGACAAGCCGUGGGACUUCACCCGGGUGCAGCUGGGGUCCUGGACCAGGGGCGAGUACUACCUCGGAGACAUCGUUGGCGUGAUGAACCACUGGACGGCCGGCUGGAUCGACUGGAACCUGGCGCUGAACCUGCAGGGCGGCCCCACCUGGGCCAAGAACUGGGUGGACGCGCCGAUCAUCGUGGACGCCAGCAAGGGCGAGUUCUACCUCAACCCGACGUUCUACGCGCUGGCGCACGUCUCCAAGUUCGUGCGGAGGGACUCGGUGCGCGUCGAGCUGCACCACAGCGGCGGCGGCCUGCUGGAGGCCAAGGUGGACAGCAUCGCCUUCGAGCGGCCGGACGGCGCGCUGGUCGUCGUGCUCAUCAACAAGCACAACAGCGAGCACAGCGUCAGCAUCCAGGAAGGCGACCGCGGCCAGGUCGACGUGCACGUCCCCGCCAGGUCCUUCGUCACGGUCAUCUACUGGUAGCGGCGCCGCCGGCCUCACCACCCUCAACGACGGCGUGCCCGCGUCCGCGACCUGGGCGUCCUGGACCGCGCCGCCAACCAGAGUCCGUCCAAACACGGCCAAGCGGCUCCUCGAGUCCAUCAUGUGCUGUGCCUUUAAAUAUAGAGACUUUCCCAAAGCCAAA